AUGCCAACCGCAUUGACGCCCGAGCGAGCAGUGAAGGAAAUUGCUAACAUAUACAUCAAAAGCGACAAAGAAAAGGGGCUAAAGGCCCACAUUUUGCCUGUUAUUCAGAGCGCCGUUCGUGGAAAUCGGUGAGUCAAUAUUGUAUAUACUUAUAAUAAUAAAAAUGCUGAUGUUCUUCACAAGUAUUUUAAAUUUAUACUAUAUGUAUUGAAUUUAACACUUUUGCAGGUAUCACCACAGCAAAGUUAUUGACAGCAAGAUCACCCCCAAGACUGUCAGAUUUCCUUUCCUGCUAUAAAAAACUAUAAAUAUAAAUAAUUUCAGUUUUAUUCGAAAGAAUAAUACGGAUUGUGAUAAAAGAAUUUGUGUCUUGUGAUAAUUGUUAAUUGAUAUUAUGGGGCUUCGGUGGCCAAGUGGUUAGUGCACUUGCCUUUCACCUCUAAGGUCGCAGGUUCGAAUCUCAAUGAGAACUUCUCAAUGUGACUCGAACCCAGUCCUCAUGUGAAAAGAGUAAAAGUCAAAGCUAUGCCGAAAGUCGUGGGUUUUCUCCGGGCACUCCGUGAUUCCUCCCACAGGGAAAGUUGACAGGUUGGGUUAGGCACAUAGGUCUGGAGGCAGAUCAUUAAUGAGGUAUGGACUAAUAGCGGCAGCUGCUCAAGCGCCAUUUGUAAGCUCAAAGUCUACUUCACGUCAGUCCGGUUCUAUCUAUCUAUUCAUAAUGUAACCAGUCACUGAAAAGCCUCGAGCAGAGGACUGGGUCUAGUGGCUUGUUUGGUUUGUUUGAAGUUUUCCUACAUUCCUAAAGUUAUUUAUUGCAGCCUGAAACGCAACAAUUAUGAUAAUUAGGCAUCUUUUAAUAUAAUAUUUAGCUCGCUCACUAUAACUUGUUGACAUGUUGUCCGUCCAAACGUCCCUUCAAACAUCAACUAGACUCAGUCCUCUGCCCGAUUGGGAAAUGGCUAAUUGUUGAUGUUGUCCUAAUUUUGGUUGUUAGUGGUUAGUCAUUGAAGAAAUUUAAAGACAGUUUCCAUACUUAUUAAUUUUGAUAGUGGUACGUACCGUAAUAUACACAUAGCCUCUACUUCAUAUACUCUUGAAGUUUGUAUAAAAAUGAAUAUAAUUCAAGAGGUGUAAGAUCGAAGUAAAGACCGUGUUUGCGUAAUGCUGCUGUAGUUAAUGCUUUGUACAAUACAUCUCGAUUGUAAUAUUUUAAGGUCUUGAGCUUUUUGGAUAUUUAUUUGAAAUGGUACUCUUCAUACCGACUGGUCCGGUGAUAUUUUGCGGCGAUUAUAAAAAUCGAAAAUAUUUCCGAAUGUGGCGUAAUUAGUCGGUGUCCACUUGGCGUAACCUCCGGCGUAAUAUAUUGACGGAUUCCAUACUGGUCAUGUGGCAGAAGGAAGUUCAAGAAUCCACUACAAAGUACGCAUUCUACACAAAUAUACCUGUUUACGAAAUAGGUAAGAUUAAAACAGUAUUUACCUAUAUCUGACUUUUAUCUAGCGAUUAUUCGCAAGCGGCGAAGUGUGGAUUGCUCAUGUAGACGGCGUCGAGUGUGAAUGCUACCACAUAUUGUUAGCUGUCAAAAACUGAUAUUGAUGUAGAUAUAUUUCAAGCAACAAAUUUACAUCUUAAGGGUAAAUAAACUCCUAUAUAAAUAACACUAUGUGCAUGCACUCAAUUUUAUUUUAAAGGUCUUAAAAUGCGCUAUCUCAGCCAUUGCUUUAGGCUAUCAGCAUUUCAUGCGAAGCCAAAAACGAUGCUGGCAUUUAACAAAGCGGCCGGGCUAUGUUUUCUGUUAUGUUUUCGGGUAUUCCUCGCGGAUUUGUAAUAGCUGCAUGCCUGCAUGUGUUCCACAUGCAUGCAUGCGGUGUACGAAAAACUGGAAUUUCCUAUCAGUGAACGACAUUUUUUACUGUCAAAAUGUUUCUUGUGAAUUAUGAUGGUAUUUGUACGUCGGAUAUUUUCUGGAUUUUUAAAAGUUUUUUUGCUAUAUUGAUUAAACUCACGUGAUACUGUACGUUGUCAAAAUUUAAGGCAUGUACAUAUAUAUAUAUAUAUAUAUAUAUAUAUAUAUAUAUAUAUUUAAGCGCGUUGCAUAUAAUGCUCCUCACUAUAAAUUAUUUACAGUUGUAUUGUCAUAUCUCUCAUUUUACUUACUUAUAGGUGCCAAUUGGGUCGAAAGUCCUGUUCCUAUAUUUCCUGGCAUAUUGUGCUAAGCAUUUGUGUUAAUUAAUUGUGAUAUAUUUAUAUUUGUAUGUAUAAUAAUGGCGAAUUGAUACCUUUUUCAAAAAGCGGUAUCAAUUUUCCGUGCGUAAUACAAAAUGACUGAAAAACGGCAAACUUCACAGAGCUAUAUUAUCCGCAUUUGCAACAUUCCGCAACAAAACUUCGGAAUAUAACUAAUCUAGAGAUGCUCUUUCAACCUGUGAUGAAAUUUUUGUCUAGACUUGUCUAGAGCAAUAUUUUGUUCAUUAGGGAAUAGGUCCAUUGAACCAUGUUUAAUGCAAUAAUGACGUUCUUAUGGUCUCACUAAGACGAAGAUUGACGAGUUGAGCUUAUUUUAGAUAAUUUAACAUUCAAUUUUAAUUCCCUUUUGGGAAUUGUUUAUGUUUCGUUUUCCAUGCAAUUCCCAAAGGUGGAAGAAUGUGAUUUCGUCCGGCAAUUUUUAUUUGACGAGUAUGUGGCCAUUUCUCAUCGUUACGAUUAAAAAAGAGCAUCAUUGAAAAGCUAAGUAACUGUUCUUUCGUCCUAUGUAAAAAUUGAACUGUUUAGCCACGUUUAUGACGUACGACAGGCAGUGGCGUAGCCAGCUCGAUAAGUUGGGGGGGACAUAUUCAUAUAUUCGUGUUCUGCAUUAUUAAUUUCUUUUGAAAUUGAUUGUUUUUACGGUCUAUGAAUACGAAUGUAUGAAUAGUAUGUGCCCCCCCUGACUUAUCGGGCUGGCUAUACGCCACGACGACAGCUUGUUGAAUUUCCAUAGCGUUUUUUCUGAGACACCCUGUAUAUACAUAGUUUAACGUGAUUGGUUAUAUUUAAUUAAACAUUGACUUUAGUAAGUUGUUGUUGUUAAAUUCAUCGUGUUGCCUCUUGAGCUGUAGGCCUAUUUCAGAUAUUUCAAAGAUUUCAAAUAUAAGACCUUUUUCAUUAUUUGACAUGCUCAUUCGAGUUAGCGAGCACACCGGAAGUUGAGAGAUCACAGAAAUGCGAACUCUAGGCGAAUGGAAUUUUAUUGACGUUUGGAUAAUUUAUAUAUAGCCUGUAUCAGAUAAUUGAAAUAUUUGCUUUUAUUGAUAAAAUGAAAGGGAGCACUCAGGGGGUAUUUGUUUUGGAUUCAUUUCAACAUUUGGCGCCUUUAUACAUUUUUGUUGUCUGUUAUAGAUCAGAUUCUAAUCAUUUUGUUGUGGUUUGACUCAGUUUUUAUUUGAAUUUUUCAUUUUUGGUAUUACCUGCUAUCCUGGAAACUCUACCGUAUUUAAAUGUAGCCAGUAUCUAGUCCACUAGAGUUUUGCCGUUUGAGAAGAGUGCAUGUUUUUCUCUAUACCGAACUUUGUGAUAAAGACGGUAGAAAGAACCUUUCACCCUUGCCAUUACAGUUGAUCCGGUUAAAGUAGAUCAGUUAUCUUUCAAAAGUAAAUGGCUGUUGAGUUCAUUGGCAUUGUUUUAUUUCAUUUCACAUAUUAUUAUUAUACAAGAACUAGUGAAGUUCAUUUCAUUUCACGCGAUCUAUUGUAUACAUAUAUAUAUAUAAAUAUAUAUAUAUAUAUAUAUAUAUAUAUAUAUAUAUAUAUAUAUAUAUAUAUAUAUAUAUAUAUAUAUAUAUAUAUAUAUAUAUAUAUAUUAAAUUGAUAUGAUAUGAAAUCAAUAUGAUAUGAAUAUUGAUAUGAUAUGAAAUCAAAGCAUUAAAAGGAGAUUUUCCAAACCUUGAAAAGAUUUUACGAAGAUUUUUUUCCCAAACCUUGAAAAGAUUUUUUAAGGGCCGCCAUUCAUGCAUCAACGAAGUCGAAAUCCAAAAACACUUCGAAUUUUACAGCAAGCCAUACGACGACCUUAAUCACUUCAAAGAUGAAGCCAAUGCCGAAUUGAGGAAGUUGAAAUCUCCGUUAAACGCAAUUGAUGAACAAGUAGAAGCCAUCGCCAAUUCGAUUGAAGAAUCACGACAAUACGGCUACAAAUACAAUCUUAAAAUCACCGGCAUUCCUCAGCUUAACUCUCGUGAAUCUGCCGUUGAAACUACACAGUCAUGUCUAAAUUUGUACAACAAAUUGGGAGUCGAAGCACACCAGUCUGAUAUCGAUAUUGCUCACCGCGUUUCUGUCCGAGGUGCCUCUGCUGGUCCGAAACUAAUCAUUUGCAAAUUUGUAAGAAGGGAUCUUAAAGAUCAAAUCAUGGAAGUACGUAAACGUAUAACUGAUUUUCAAGCUGGUGAUAUUGUUUCAGAAUUUAAUGGUUCACUCGAGAAUGCUAGAAUCCUUGAUCACUUGACACCGAAUAUUCAACGACUAUUAGUAGUGGAAGAUCCACACACAGUUGCAGUAGCAAUGGGUACCAAGGCUGAGUUAGCCAUACCGGUGCUACUAGAACUAAUUGAUCCACUUUCUGGGACAUCACCUGCCGUACACAACGACCUAUCAGGACAAAUGGACUGA